AUGGCUGAAAAACAGCAGCACAUCAGCAGACCAUUGACCGUGGCCAAUAAACUGGGGGACCAGCCAUCCACUGUGGCCAAUGUACCAACUGACCAGCCAUUCACCAUGGACUACGAACAUGGGGACCAGCCAUCAAUUGUGGCCCAUGUAUCAACUGACCAGCUAUCCACCAUGAACUUCGAUCAUGGGGAGCAGCCAUUCACUGUGGCCCAUGUACCAACUGACCAGCUAUCCACCAUGGACUACGAACAUGGGGACCAGCCAUCAAUUGUGGCCCAUGUAUCAACUGACCAGCUAUCCACCAUGAACUACGAUCAUGGGGAGCAGCCAUUCACUGUGGCCCAUGUACCAACUGACCAGCCAUUCACCAUGGACUACGAACAUGGGGACCAGCCAUCAACUGUGGCCCAUGUACCAACUGACCAGCCAUCCACCAUGGACUACGAACAUGGGGACCAGCCAUCAACUGUGGCCCAUGAGGCAGCAGACCAAAGUGCCCCCCUUGCUGUGGGUGUUGAUAUUGGACCACCCAAAAAGCAUUAUGUGUCUGUCUUGGAGAACAAAUCUUCAUACUACAGUCGGUUGGGAAGGGUGAUGGUUAUGUAUGAUGCCCAGAGAAACAGCUGGCAUUGUCCCUGUGUUAAUGCACGGAUGUCAUGUCCACAUAAGUGUGUGGCGAAGUGGUUUCUCUUUCAAACGAAUAGACUGCUUUUUAAAUCUGUUAAAUCAACUGGACCAGAUGAAGACAACUUGGAUGAACAUCAAUUAAACAGCAAGGAAAAGCCGUUUGGACUUGGAAAAGAACUUUUGCAAAGAAUUUUAAAGUAUGUCUUGGAUAAGAAGCAGUAUCCAUCAAACCUUCCUGAAAAUCUUUGCAAACCAGUGUUUGAUCCUCCCCCACCAAAACACAUUGUGCCAUCAGAGAAGUUUUGCACUGAAUGCUGUCAUAAUUUGCCUCUAAGUGACCCCAUCCUGAUCACAGCAAAAGCUAAAAUUGUGACACUGACAUGUGUCUAUGAAGGAAUAAGCACAUACUUCAAGAAAUGUCUAAGAUGUGGAAUGGAGUACCGUUACCAAGACUGGGAGGAUGGAAUCCACAACUUUGACAAUCACAUUCUCAUGGGUUUCCACUUAUGUUUGUAUUUAAGGGCAUCACUCCAGACUCAUAAUGCAGCAGGCAGAGUUUUCAAAGCAAUGGAACUUGCAUCUGGUUUGAAGCUACCUCCACACAACCGUCUGUUUCAUGGCUACCUACAUUUUGAAGCAUUGGUGCAACAUGACUACAAAUAUUCAUGCAUCAAUUGUGGCUCUCAUCCUCCUGUGGUUAUUAUGGAUCUUCAUAAAAAGGGAGUGUUUAGCAUGCCAGUGAGUGAGAUACCAGAUCCAGCUGAGUAUACUGGGAAAGUUAAUGUGAAAGACUUCUGGGAGUCCGUGUCCUUAAAUAUAAUUUCCCUCGGGUUUGUAAAUGUUGGAGAAGAGAAUCCAUUUGUUGUUAAGCCAACAUUCGGUUUUUGGGCACCAUGGAUUGGACCAGAAACUCGAAAAUCUGAUUUGGUUCUAAACACAGAGUGGGAAAAGGUACAUCGCCCAGCAAAACCAAAAGAGCAGGCAGAUGUGGAUAUAUCUGAAGAUAGACUUCUUGAGGAAGUCAUGAAAAUGAAGGUUGAUGACGUCAAGAACCUGUGCAAAGCUUGUGGGGUUAAUCCAUGUGGUUCAAAAACAGACCUUAUUCUCAGGCUUCAUAAUGAAAUUAGGAGCAGGAGCACCUAUGAUAAAAUUUUUCAAAAAGUCUGGGGUGCAUCAGGAGGCUGGUCUACAGUUAUGUGUCCAUGUGGAGUGGUAUACACCCUUAAAUUUAACAUGAGAGCGGAAAGUCCAAGGGACUACAUUGAUAUUUUACAGUCAUGGCAACAUUUACCAAAUGUUACCAUUUAUGAUUUUGCAAGAGGUCUAGCAACACAUGGAAAUCUGAGGGACCCAUUAAAGUUGACAUUUUCUCCAAACGAGGGAAGACUUCUUAGCCCUACUGUUGAAAACAUUUCUUUAGCCAAAGAAGGCAAGGUCAAGGUUAAUCUUCCCUGGUUAACAGAGCCACAAAAUCCUCCAGAUAUCAAUGGACAUCCUAUAACAGGGAGUUCAGAGCAUUAUGUGCUCUAUGACAAACUGCACGAAACAAAUGCCAAAGAUCCCAAAGACUUUUUAAGAAGAACUGCUUUGGUGCCAGAACUGGCUGGAAAGGUUAAUACACAAGUGGCAGAACAAUUUUUUGCCCAAAUGGAGAAGAACAAUUACUUUCUAAACAUGAUGUCUCCCAGCUCUCAGAUCUUUCUUAUUCGAAAUAUAGUUCACCAUCACAACAUUCUGCUUAACCAAUCAAGGCUAGAGAAAAUACAGAAGUCAAUGGGGGCCAGACAAUUCUCCAUGAACAAGGACGGACAGCUUGUCAUUGGUCAUUCUCAAGAUAGAACCUUAACAUUGUCACAGUUUGAACUUGCAGAUAAUCUGCACAAAGAUGAGGCUGUUACUAAACUACAGAAUGGCUGA